GCUGGCCAGCCGCAGCAGCAGGGGCCUCUUCGUGGCCUGGGCUCUGGCCGCUCACGUACCGUACCUAUCGUAUCGAGCAGCGACUCCACUCCACUCUCGCCUGUCUGUUUGUCCCGCACGACGCAAUACAGUCAAUUCGCAAUACGCAAUAUUGCUAUUGCGCGCGGUAUAGAUGGGGUGGAGUAUAGCUGGGCGCUGGUAUUGUAUGGGUAUGGGUAUGGGUGUGCAAUGCAAUAGAUGGGCUGGUGCGCGGUACGAUGCGAGGACUGUUGUGUGUGUGCAUACUGCAUGCCUAUACCCGGCCGUGCGCACAUAUAAAUGCUCUGGCUGUUCGUGGUGGCAGCGAGCUCUCGAUAGGAGGGUGCUCGGGGCUUGCAAUACCGCGCAAUGCAAUGCGAGGCGAUACGGGCGGACGAGCGGCGGACGAAAGCGUUGGCGACGUGCGCACGCGAGCGAAAGUGCAAGUGCAGCCAACUCGCGUGCGUACGGACGAGUACAAAGUUGCGGUCGCGUCGCGACGGCACCCCCACGAUGGAUGUCUCCUGAAGAAGCUACCUACCUACCUACGACGAUGACAUGGCUACGUAUGCAUGUACCUAUAUUCUCACUGGCGACAGGCUGGCUGGCUGGGUGCUUGCGAUUCCUGCCGGCAGGAAAUGGAUGGAUGGAUGAAGAAACAGACGAAAGGACCAAUGUACAUGCACAUGCGCAUGCACGACACACCUGUUGCGAGCUUGCGUGCUUGCGCGUCACGUCAGGGCCAUCUACAAUGACUGACAUGACUGACGUGCAUGACGAGGCUGCGGCCGUUGCAAAGCGAGACGAAGCGGCGCGCAACGAUGAAGUGACUGCCCGCGCCCGAGCUACUACCGCCUAGGUACGUGCGUAAGGAUGUAGCUCGCCAGCGGAUGCGUUUGUCUGCCUUGUCUGUCUCUGUCUCUGUCUCUGUCUAUCUGUAUGUAUGUUGCACGGCAGCGAAUGUGCGGGGGAUGGCAUGGCAUUGUCAUGUCAUGUUGAGUGAGC